GACCAAACGGCCACACAGAGCAGCAACAAUUUUUUUGUUUCUCAUUUUGUUUGUGAAAAUUUAAAAUUGAACGACAAAGGCGACCGAGCGAUUUCCUUCGCUGCUGACGUGCUCGAUCAAGUCCCAAAAUGUCGCAACAACGUGCUACGGAUCAUAAUAUGGCCACCAGCAGCAACAGCAACAAUAACAACAGCCACAGCGAUGUGAUUACGCUGGACGACGACGACGAGGAUGGGGAUGUGAUAUUCGUGGGAAUUGUGCGUCCCGCUGGUUGCACCAUCGAUCUCUGCCUGACGCCCUCCACUUCGGCGGCUGCGGCAGCUGCUGCCCGUUCCGGGAGCUCCUCUGGAACCAACGAUGACGAUCCGGGAACAGGCUCCGGGCUGGAAUCCAGAGCCACUGCAUCUGCAUCCAAUCCACUUUCACCUGCUUCGCCACCGGCGGAUGCAGCAAAAUCCGUCACAGUGGAUGCAGCCACCACAAUUUCUAUCGGAGAUCCCCUAGCCGCAGCAGCUCCUGCCUUGGAGUGUCCCAUUUGUCUGCAAACCUGCAUUCACCCAGCUCGUCUUCCAUGUGGCCACAUCUUCUGCUUCUUGUGCGUUAAGGGCGUUGCUUACAAGAAUCCACGCUGUGCCAUGUGCCGCCGAGAGAUUCCCAUCGAGUUCGUGGACCAUCCCCAGCUGGUAAAUGGCAUUGAAGACAUCUGCACCACUCGCGCCACCGAAGAUGGCUACCAGUGGUACUACGAGGGCAGAAAUGGUUGGUGGCAAUACGAUGACCGCACGAGUCAGGACAUCGAGGAGGCCUUCAAGAAGGGCGACAAGUCCUGCACCAUCCUGGUGGCCGGCUACGUCUACAUUGUGGACUUGGAGCAGCUGGUCCAGCAGCGCCAAAACGAGCCCACUCGCUGCCGGCGGGUCAAACGAGAUCUGGCCACCAUACCCAAGAAAGGGGUGGCCGGUUUGCGGAUCGAGGACAACCAGGUGACCAGCGACACCGUCUUCAGCAGACCGACCAGCACGGCCAAUCCAACCACCGUUUCGGCAGCUGCCUCCAGUUUCAUGUCCACAAUAGCAGCAACGGACGCGGCAAUCAGGAUUGCCAGCGACAUAAUUGGCUCCACUUUGGCCCAUGCGGACGAACUCACCCGUGGCUUGGCGGCCAGCAACAUCAGCGACGAUCCCAGCAGCAGCAGCAGCAGCGGUGAGCAAACCAACUCCACAAAUCCACAGGACGCAGGACGCUCGCCUGCCUCCUCGCCUGCCUCGAGUUCCAUGCAGGAUCUGAUCACGCGGGACCUGCGGAACACCCAGCAGGUGAUUGCCCACAACCAGCACACCAUCGAUCUCUUCGAGCAGGCCUUGAACGACUUCCAGGCGCUGACCAUGCGCAACUAUGUGGACUCCAGCGAUGAGGAAGAGCAGGACGACCAGAAUCAGGAGCAGGAGCUGCGGGAACGGGAACACGAGCAGCUGGAGGCGGGCGAGCAGCCACAGUCCGGCGAUAAUCACCAGGGAUUCUAGAAGUUACAUAGUCCACUCUGAAGAAACAUUACUCAAUUGCUAGCCCAGCCCGUACACUUAAAGAAAAGAUCAAUGUUCCUUUUAGCAGAUUUCAUUAAACGGAAUGGGGAAUGUUAACUAGAGAAAUGCAGCGCGUACCUGAGAAUAUAUCAACUAACAUAUAUAUCGAUAGGCUCCGAGCGUUGAGCGUUGAACAGAAAUAGAAGCAAAACAGAACAGAAUGUCUACAGGGUAAAACAAACACAUAUUCCUUAAAACUUUAAAUCAGAGAUAUUGAAUCAUAGAGGUUACAACAGAAAGAAACAUCUAAAUAAUAUUCUCUUCAAUUAUUUAUUAAAAAAAUAAACCAAGUUUUUAGCCAGAGAUGGAACGGUCAUAUGUGGAUUUUAAAAAGCGAUGUUUAAGAAACCUUGUUACUGUAUGGCUAUUUUUAGACUGACUUUAGAGGUCUUCAUAUUUCCGUAACACCUCCGAACUUGCAGUAUUCCGCUGUACAUACACUAUAAAAAAAAACAUAAUAAUUACCUAUUCAAGAGAACUAACGCAAAUUCUAGUUAUUCAAAAGCUAACAAAAGGCAAGGCAACCACCAAGAAAGAGUAGUGUGAGAACGACAAUAUAUUUGAAUUGGGAUUUACUUGACAAGGAUGCGAUUCUUGGGAGGUCAAUUAGAAGGAAAUUCCCAUUUACAUUAAUGAUAAUCAGUGCGUUUCUAAAAAUAUCUUUUAAAAAUCUUCGUUGCAAUACAAACUCUUAAUCUUAUUUCGUAAACAUUAAGUUACAAUUUUAAUUUCUAUUUUAAUCUCCAAUCUUUUCGAAACGCACUGUUGUCUGGGGAAUCAGAUCCAGUAUUAAUUAAUAAGUCGCCGUUAAGUGCGUUAAGCAAAAACAGUUCUGUGACACUUAAAUAUAUUAAUAUUUGUAUUGUAUAAGUUAAUAUAAUAAAAGUUAUUAGAAGAAAGAAGUUAGUCAGAUUACAAAUGACUAUCUCACCUGAAGAACUAAUGUAUAUUAUGUGCUACAAAGGAUAUACACCUGAUUUAAUAAUCUCAAAUUUUGUGACUACUAUUUAUAGAUUCGUUUUC